AUGUUCCGCGUUCUCGCAGCUCUCAGUCUAGUGCUUUUGGCCGUUCAAGCCAAACCUCAUCCUGAACGGAAGGUAAUUAAAAUGAACUUAUCGUUUCCAACUGCUAUCAGGAUCUUAGUGAUAUUGAACAUCAUGAGGACAACCCAGAAUUACACAAUCUGCAGUAUGACCACGAGGCCUUCCUUGGCAAAGAACUCGCGGCUGAAUUUGAUAAACUCUCAGAGGCGGAAGCUAAGGAUCGACUUGUGUAAUGCUGAAAACCUUGUAUUUAAUCAAAUUUAGGCAACUUUUCCACAAAAUAAAUCAAGAUGGUGAUAAGACGCUGUCGGAAGCCGAAUUAAAGCGCUGGAUUUCUUUCGUCGCAAAAACUGCCGUCCGCGUAGAUGCUCAACGACACUGGAAAAACUUAAAUCAGAACAAAAAUGAACCUCUUGCUUGGAGGGACUACCUUGAAAGGACAUACGGCAUGGAAGAUGGUGAGUGGUGUUUUAAACGUACCGGUUAAGCCUGCUCGUCCUACAUGUUUGCUCUUUUUCUCUCUCUCCUUUUCUUUUACGUCAAUCUUUGUUCCUUUUAAAUUUGCAUAGUGUCUUGAAUAGGUUUUAUUGUUUUUAGCGUUGAGCUUUUUGGUUUUACGAUAUUAUUAGCGUGAAUUCUGAAUGCUACUGCAAGAAUCGACUUGAAAUAUGCUUGCCAGAAAUAAUGAAGGCUGUUAUUUUCUCAUACUGUCACAUCAGCUGCUUACAGAUUCGUUCUGCAGUGCAAUCGACUUUUCGUUUACUCACCUUUAUACCUGUCCUUUUCUCUUAUCCAUAUCUACUAGGAUUAUUACAUGAGAUAUCCAGGUCCCUCUGACAGACCUGAUUGGCAAGUCUAGAUACUGGUGCAGGAUAUACAAACUUGGAUACUCCUAUUGUUGCUUAACUCGGCUGUCAAACUUUCGAUCUUUCUGUAGAUCUUAUAAUUCCGGCUAUACUGUAGAUAGCCGGUCCUUGUAAGGAAAGUGGACUGAUAUAGGCCAAAGAGGGUGUCCACUGAUUGAUCGAAGUUGUGUAUCCUUACAUAAAAAGGUCCUUGCACGACUAGUAAGACAUUUGGCACACUCUCUAAGGGUACCCUGCUAGCACCAGCCCCGUCUAGCCCCCGGGGCCAGACGGGGCUGGGCCCCGUUUGGGCGGGGCUACGGGCGGGCUUACGACGGGGCUGUGGACGCGACAGCCCCGUCUGGCCCCGUCCUCGAAAAAAAACGCGCAGGGGACGCCAUGCUCGAGCAAGGAGAUCUCCUUCACAAUAACCCCACAUUUACGUUACCAGUAUUUUCCCUUUCCUAAUUCUCCGUACAGUAGGUUAUACUAUUCAACUUUUGAUCGCUGUACACCCACAACCCUUGCGUGAACAAUAUGUUACCCACCUUCAUUACAAUAGUGAAUGCAAGCUAGAAAGCUUAUAUUUAACGAUAAGAGAGCGAAAUCUGUCUAAAAUAAUGCAGAAUGAUGUCAUUAGACAAGAUGGAAAUUCACAAAAAUUUGGACGGUGCCUGGCCCCGUCUGGCCCCCGGGGCCAUGUGUUGGCAGGGUAGCUUCUUUGAUAGCCCGUUUUUUAUAGCAUUCGUUAUACUUUAGGCAAGGUCGGUGCAAAUUUUAACAGCGAGGAUAGUCUACCACAUAAGGUUAGCUGCAGUUCUGGAGACUCAUUUUGCCAGAUACACCCUUAGACCGAAAUUUCACCAUCUGGCAGGAUAUCACAAAAAUGGGGCUGAGAAGUAUGGGUAUGCUGCGACCGCUCAGUCAUGUCUAGUUUUCAUCAACACGUGUACACGUUGGGCCUUUUCACUCCAUGUCUGUUUAUUUUUGACUUCCUCGUUGGUCAGUUCGUUUAUUUGCUGUUACCAACACAAACGGGUUGUUAAUAUGCCAUCGCAGACUUUCUUGUCCAUCAGCUGUUAGCUGUGAUCAGACCGAAUGACUGCUUCAUAAAUAAGCCCCUUACCAGUUUUUAUCAACUACUAUCGGCUGUGACAUGGAAUAACCAAAGUUAUCAAUCUAUUGUCUUCGGAAAUGGGCACUUGCGUGUUGGUUUAAAGCUCUGAGCCUAACCUGCAUGCAGAUGAUCGCACGGCGUCGACUUUCGUUCCUAUUAUAUCGUUUACUCUAUUACGUAGACAGACUUUGCACCUAACGUCCUUUUAAUACAAGGCACAUUUGCUUUUUGUGUUGAAAUAUGUCGCAUGAUUUAGGUAUCAUAAAUGUCACGCUUUUUCUGUUGUCUAUUAGCAACCUGGUUAUUUUUGUCUUUUUCUUGACUUAAGUUCAAAAGUCGAUUUAUUAUUGUCAUGUCAAGCUACCGCUUUCACAUUUAUCCAUAAUUUUGGGUAACUUGGAGGCCGCUGUUUGCACUUUCAAAGUUCGACAAAGUAAUCAUACACAUGGCGUUUCCACAUUUUAUGUAGAUAUACGUAAGCAAUAUUUCUUUGCACUCGACAGGCGAUUGCAUUAUAAUGUCCGACUAUGAGUUGAUUUCGCACUAGGGAUCGCGUAUAUUUAACUUUUUCGGCCGUUCAUUCAUCCAAAAUUCCAAAUUGGUUAAAUAGACAUCGCAGUUUUUGUCUGGCUGGUAAGGCUGAUUCACAAAGCAACACGUAUACGUUUUUGCUUUCGAAAUGGUGCAACGUGGGUCGGUCGCGUGCAUCAUUACUUCACUUAAAUCCCAUAUUAACUCAGCGAAUCUGAGUUGUUCAGUUAAUUUGCCGUGUGAAUUCAAGCUCUAAGUGGCAGAAACGAAGACAUAUUCUAUCAUGUGAAGUGCCUCUUCUUCCCGUUUGUUAGCCUGAAAUUUUAUAUCCAGUCAGACUCCGUUUUUAAUGACUGUUGUGACUUUUUCAUUCGUCCUUUUUAAAUCGACCUACGUUUCUGACGGUAUGUACUUUAAUUACUAUACUCCUCUAAUCUUCUAGCUUAUUUUAUUGUUGAUAAUUUUUUGCAAAGGGUCGGUCAUGAAUUUGCGCAUACUUUUAAGGCACUUUCAUUGGGUGGAGCUGAUGGUCAGAUUUUCGUAUUUUUCACGAAGAGCAUGCCGUAUAAGGGCCUCGACAUUAUUGUGCAAAUUGACUUAUACCUUUUAUUCUUCCUUCUAACGAUCAUAAGAAUGCCCUUGCAGCCUGGUGUGCGCUAGCUGUUCUGUGGCACUUGGUUCUCUGUCGGUUGAUGCGCUUCCGCUCCCAAUGGGUUUACAGGUCGUGGGCAUGGUUGCCCAGUCACCCUCCUCUUUCUGAUCAGUUGUAGUGAUGUUGUUGUCGGUUAAGAUCCUGAUCAAACGUUUUUUGUGGACCAGGAGGAGUGGUGGUACGCCUAGAUGCAGGUCUGGCCGCCCCAGCCACCUGUGCUCUUUCCCGCCCCCGGUCUAUGUCGUGACAUAAGGCCCAAGCGGGAGAGGAGGGAGUGUGGUAGAUGCUGCGCAAGUCUCUUCUCACUGUAAGCUAAUCCACGCACAAGUCACCGUGCCUACAUCAUCUUGCUGUGAAACACACGGUGGACAUCGUCAGGCACGGCGGUGGAGCUGUCGGUUUUUCUUCUAGCGACCAUGUAGUAUCUCAGCGAAUGCAGCCCCUCAUCAUGGGUGGUCGUUUUCAUCUACUUAAAUGUUGCUCAUUUUGGACUGAGGCGUUUUGCCAGGAUUCGCAGGCAGUACUUGGAUGUGUAAAACCUGACGUCACACUAGCCUUAUUAAAAGCGAUUGCUUAUAUUUCUUCAAGGAUUCGUCGACUGAAGUCCAAAAAAGUUAUGCCUGUUUGUGCUCUAUACGAUUUACUUAUAGACUGUUUAGCUUUUUCUUAGAUUGAAGUGCUGGAGAAUAACUUCCUCCGAACAGUUUAAAAAAAACACAAUUUGUUUGAAGAUCAGUGAUUGGAAAGUUUACAUCUGUCUCCUCUUCUGCAGAUCGCUUAUUCUUUGUAUAAAUUUUACGUGUCUCGAAAUGUCGCACGUCGUAUCCUCGACCAGGGUUUCUGGUUUACUUAGCAUUGCUAUUGAGCCUCAUCCUGUACUAUAGCGCAUUUCUUAAUUAAUCUCUAAUCUGCGGAUGUUUUACCAACCCAUUUAGUCGUUGGACGUGAUAAGGACGUCCUGUUUUGUGUUGGGUAUGCAGCCCAAAACCGUCUUAGAGGAUUGCUUAACGACAAAAAAUAAAUAAUCCAGGGGUAAAGGUUUGAUGACACGGCAAAGUUUAUGCCGUCCUACAGCCGAGACACAUUAAUCUAAUUUUAAACAUCUCCGAUAACAAUUGGCACGACACAGUCACCUGGCUGAAUGCUAAAGCCCUUGGCUCUAUCAUAACGUAAUUCGGGUUCAGAUCAUUGGUUAUUUUAGCCUGGAUUUGGAUAGGGUUGGAUGUUGAUCGAAUGUAAGCUAAAACUUGCCAUCUCCAUUUCAUUUGCUUUGUCAAUAGAUUUAAAACAGCCAAAAUGUACCUUAAACACACAAUCAGAAACUAAUUUUACAUGAAUACACGUAUAUCUUGACACGAAUUUUAAGUCACGAAGUUGUGAAAAUCAGACCAUUGUACGUUUUCCAUGAAGAUGUAAUUUCAGCUUAAACGGCUGUGUGGGACAAUCUCAUACAGGCACAAACUCAGUUAAUAUUCUCAAGGGAAACUCCGACCGUAAUUGUUCGGCACUUCUUAGUGUUGCAACCACAAUUACGAAUUCCCACCCCUACUCUAAUUCCAGUAGGGUCAGGUAAAAUGUAUUUGCGAUCACACGACUUAUUGUUACUUAGCAUGCUUUUAUCUAAUGAUAUUUUUGACCUCGUUAGCAGUUUUACAGUGAAGCCACCCCCUGCCUUAUUGCUGACAGUUUUCCCUGUACUGCCAGCCUAUCCUCUCUAUUGCCGAAUCGUUUGUUAGCUACACAUUACGUCGGAAUACAUAUUUUGUCAGUUGUGGUGUGCAUGACUUUUGUUGGUUUCCUGUUUGUCGACGUGGCAGCUAAGUUCCUUCGAACACCUGCCUGGACGGAGGUACGCGCGCCACGUCAGCACUCCCUCGUUCUUCCCCUCAUUCAGCGUCUGCACACGUCGGCCGACUUUCGUGCGCCAUCUGCUGUCCAAUUAGCUUUUGCCAACGUAGCGAUCGCGUGGUGCACCGCGCUAGCAAAGUAGGUCAGGGUCGCGUCGGUGUUCGUUCCCCUUUUGGCCGUGGCGCAAAUCCCCUCCACCUGAUUGGCUGGCCAUUCACACCCAGCGGAUGGGAAUCCACGCCAGCACGGCCGGAAACGUGGAGACUGAGUCAUGCAGGCCCAGGGGCUAGAGCCCGUCUGGCAAGAUGUAACAACUGUUAUUCGGAAUUGUUGUUUUUGCUUCGACGGCAGAAUCUCUGACGCAUCUGGAUGGCAAGAUUUCAUUUAGCGCUCUCAGAUCAGCGAAGGCAGCAAAGAUCGGGUGUUAUCACAAAUAGUAACCACAAAUAGUGUUGGGCGAAUUGCGCUCUCAUCAUAAAUCUCUUUGGCUGUGUUCAUCCGGCGCUCUGCUCGGGUUAUGAUGAUCUGUUGGGUAAGCUCCACGCCAACUGGUGUACACAGGAGUUGGUAGAAACUUUUGCCUCCUCAAAUGACUCGGCUGGGCCCAUAUGAUCAGGCGGAUUUCUCAAAGUUCUUUCUUAACCCUAGGGGAGGGGAGAAUUAUGAUAAGCAUGCGUAGAAUAUGUUAUAAGCCUUCACGCUUGUAUUAGUUAGGGCUUGGUAGAGGUUAGUUUUUCUCUUCGAAAAUGCCAGCUCCAACCACCAGCGGUGGGAAACGUUUCCUCAUAAACAUUACGUUCCUUUCUACAUUGAGGCCAUAAAAUACUUCAGUGUUGUGCAGUUUUCUGUUAAAUAGCCAUAUUCCAGAGUAACCCACCCCUGUCUGAUAUUAUGAUAGUUGCGCGAUGACGGUGCCUAUUUUUGUUGAUUGCAAGGUCGGGGAUUCUAAUUUGCCGCCAUACCGCGGCGACGGUACGGCACCUGUUUGUCUGCUUUCUAAAGUGAGGUUUUUCUUUCACGUAUUUUCUACCUUCACUAACUGAUUUACCCAUUUCGCUACAUUACACAGAGGUGAUUUCUGAUCCGGAGCGCAAGGAAACCUACGUUAAGAUGAAGCGAGACGACGAGAGACGCUGGAAUGCCGCCGACAUGGACUUUGACAACAAGCUCAGCAUCGAUGAGUUUGCUGCCUUCCUUCAUCCACAGGAUUACCCACGCAUGAGGAAUGUCGUCAUUGAGGUGAGGCUGAAACGUGCGGCGCAAUUAAUACAACAGACCGUUGUCUUUAAAACUUCCUAUUAUAGUACUACUAGAGUGGGAAGGUAAUAAAUAUAUGCAUAAGUACGGGAUCCGUAGACAACAGGCAUUGUACUUGAACAUCAAGGACGAGACAGCCCGUGAAAGUUUAAAAUAAUUAAAUAGUGAUGAGCGGUGUGCAGCUUUGCCCCAUUGUUUUAAUAUCCAUUUAGCUACUUCGUGCGCGCUAGCGCUAGGAAAGUCCCCAGUCUGUUUUUCGUCAAUGCUCCAUCCAGACUUUCUCCUCACAAGGUCAUCGUGAUUGGAUUGGCUCCUGAGGGUCGUCUCAAGGCCACACACUAAAAACCUGCAGGCUGUUCAUUUGCAUAGGCUUCUAGCCAAUAGCGGUCGACCUUUGACCAGAAUUUGAACCUGCAACUGGGCAGAGUCGAGCUCUUGCAGACAAUCAGCGCGACACCUGCCUAUACGCUCGAAUGAGUUAACAAUCUUUCAGUUAAUCCAGUCGAGCUAAUGAGAGGUUUCUACGGGCGUCGCACAUCUUCAUUUUUCAAAGCCAAAUUUUCUCACCUGUUGAAGUAGGAGAUUGUGCAAAAUGAAAAAUUAUUUUGCUUUGACCACGGAGUUGUCAAGCCCAGCAAUAAAGCCCUGGCGCCAAGAGAGAUCGCCUCCGCAACAGGCCAAUGGCCUGCCGAAUAACCAAUGUGAUUAGUGCGACUUCACGACAUCCCGCCCUUUGGGAAAAGGGAUUGGGUGGAUAGUUUAUAUUAAUAUGUAAGAGAACCCAGAGCUGCACGUCAUUUCUGGCAGGUCCAGCUGACACCACCCAAUCCGCCUCUGCAUGCUUUUCCAGGAGACACUUCAGAGCGUCGACAAAGAUGGUGAUGGUUACAUCUCCCUCGAUGAAUACCUCAGUACGUGCUGUGGUCCAUGAUGCAUGCCGUCCUGUGUACAACACGACUGCAUACGAGUAUUCAAUGCUGCCUUAUCUUUUUUUCUCUGCUAUCGCUGCCGCCUCGGCUUCCAUUGUUGCUUCUUUUAGUCUCUUCUUCGCCCUCUUACCGGACCUGAUAUGUUACUGGUUGCAUGCUGUCAGGUUGCAUGAGUCUAUUUGUGUCAGCCAAACUCGUCUAGCCUUGAAUGGACUCCCGUAGCCAGGGCAACAGUCUCAGAUUGCAUGACGUGUGUAAAAGUCCAUCUGUUAUUCACCAGUUAAAAUUGUUAAAGGAGACUAACGGCCACCACACUUUCAUUAAGAGUAACAGACUCAUGCUUGGCGAUGAUGGGGCGUUUGAGAUCUAUGCACUUACACCAUAAGUUGUAUGUUUGUUUAACCGGUCAGGCAGGGGCAGAAUCUUUCAGGCUAUGGACUCUGUUUUAAUGUAGGGUUCGAGUUUUGUGGUCCCGAAAGAGAUGGAGCGAGAGAGUGUGCCAGAACACAGAAGUGCUCCUUGCAGUAGUAACGUACGAUGUGUCCAGGUAUGCGCGAAUGGUUGUCUGUGGCUGCGAACGGUCAUACCGGCGUUGGCCGUAUGACUUGGGUCUACAAGCCCACUCUUGACUGACCGGGAUGGAUGGCCUUGAGUAAAUUCGCCUGAGGCGUUGAUCGUAGGUCGUACUAUGUUCGGGAUGGCGUGGUGUGGCCGGCUUCGCUGGGCAUGAGUGCCCCUGGGAGGGCAAAGCCGGACAGACUGGUGUGACGCAUAUGCACCCCCUCCCCAUUUUGGAAGCUUGCUUGAUUCCGGCCUGCCCCAUACACCUACAGUAGGUGGGCUAACUCAUGAAAUGUCAACCGAAAUGUCGAAAUGCGUUCUCGUUUCAAAAAGAUUAAUUAAGUAGUGUUGUAAAACGAAUCAUCAUGCAGCGUAAUGCCACAAUAAUUCAGUUACCUCAAAAUGCCGGCUUUCGAAUGAACUUAUUUCCGUCUGCAUGCAAGAACUAUGCUCUGCAAAAAAUGACUAUUUAAGUAGCAUGUUGAUUUCCAAUUGAUUUUCGAUGCCUCUAAAAGUCCAAUUACAUGUCAUGGAAAACAUGCAUAAAAUACUCAUUCUUUUACUUAAUCGGUAGAAAAUCACGUCUUCUUCCAAUUUUAUGCUCAAAGGAAGAGUAUAAUUCGGCUUUAAAAACUUUUCUAAUUCCCGAAUAAUUUGGAACCCGACCUGCUGUUACACUUGCAUUCAGGGUUUCAAAACUACAAGCCGUAUAUUUUCCGUGUACGGAAAACCAUGCAUUUCUCUACGGUAUUAAGAGGAGACCAUAUAGGGUUCAUAAAAUUAAGCAGUGGAUCUGAACACUUUUGUUAAUUUUACAAGCCACAUUCUUAGAUGCAGAUACAUGACGUUUUACGAACGGCCAUUUCACGGUAUUAAAAAUCUCGCAAUUAGAAACUUUUUUGAAACCGAACUACACUCUUCUUUUGCUUAAUUUUAUGAACCUCAUAUGGUCACUUCUUAACACCGUGGAGAAAUGCAUGGUUUUCUGUACACGGAAAAUAUACAGCUUGUAGUUUUGAAACCCUGAAUGCAAAUGUAACAGCAGGUCGGGUUUAAAAUUAUUCGGGAAUCAGAAAAGUUUUUUAAAACCGAAUUAUUCUUUUUUUGAGUAUUAACUUGGAAGAAGACGUGAUUUUCUACAGAAUUAAUAAAAGAAUGAAUAUUUUUAUGCAUGUUUUCCAUGAAAUAUAAUUGGACUUUUAGAGGCAUCGAAAACCAAUGGGAAAAUUGCAUGCUACUUAAGUAGUCGUUUUUUGCAAAAUAUAGUUCUUGCAUGCAGUCGGAAAUAAGUUCAUUCGAAAGCCGACACCCUGAUGUAACUGAAUCAUUAUAGAAUUAUGCUGAUCAAUUUUACAACCCUACUUAAUUAAUCUUCUCCAAACGAGGACGCAUUUCGAAAUUUCGGUUGACAUUUCAUGAGUUAGCCCACCUACUGUACUUCGGGAUCACGGUAGCUUUGGCACACAGAGGAGGAGAUUUAGCGCAAUGGGAACGAGCAGGGAUGGAAGCUUCACGGUUCUCAGUUGUCGUCAGCGUUCCUUUCUCUUUGCAUUCCAGGAGAGGUUCGCCCUUUCGAGCUCAGCAACAAGGAGGUCGGUUUGCUUCACGCACGGUGCAGCACAUCCGGAAACAAAAAUGUACGGGCAUUCGUUUGUGCUUUCGGAACUACACGCCACUUUCACCGGAAAUCUACGACACUGACCUGAGAUCGAGAGAUCGAGGUGUAUUUCGACUGAGUAGAAACCAGGGUUGAAGAAACUGUGAACGUACUCAUAGCCCUAAUAGACAUGAAAUAUUGCCCCUCUCAUAAAGUCUUUUAGGUUUAAGGCGUCAACAGACUUAACAUACUGCGCCUCCAGGUGAUGAACAAUACGACUAAGUGGUCAGUUCGUCUAAUUUUGGUGUCUGUACCACAUUUUGCGGCAUUCCAAAGGGAAGGCGAUUCACAGCACAACCACACAUACGAGGCGAGGGUACGUGUGCUAUGGAUUUUCCUAUCAGAAAUGAGCAAAUAAUGUCUGUUUUACUCGGAAGGUCAAGAAGGGUUGUUGGAGUUGUUGAACGAGAGGCUGGCUGCUCGCAAACAUUUGCAUUAGACGACCUUGAAUCUGACGCCAUCCUUACAGUGACUCGCCUGGCAUGACCCGAAGCAACUUGCCACUUCAGUAGCAUUUUCCCACCAACCUGACCUAAUUCAAAAUGCCUUCUACCCCACCUACACGCAGCCGAUCUGAGUCGUUCCUACCAGUCGGAAUACGACCCCAAGAAGCCUCUCGCAGACUGGGCUGUGCGCGAGAAAGACCAGUUCUUCAAGCACCGCGACAAGAAUGGAGACAAGCGCAUGGACCGCACAGAGGUUGGUGAAUGGAUCAUGCCCACUGACUACGAUCCCAUCGAGGCCGAAGCCAAACAUCUGAUCUACCACGCGGACAAGAACAAGGUUUGUUUUCCUACUAAGCCGACCCUGUUGGCUGUUUUUGAUGAGAAUGGCCGUCACGAGUGGUUUUCCGAUCGAAAUCCAGAAGUGUCUCAAUGUCCUUUCCCGACAGAUCUUUUUCUCCCUACAGAAGUCCGUCCCCUAAUAGGUCAUUUAGUAAAGAUCUGCUCAGAAACCAGCCGCUCUCUUUCUCUAGUACACUGUACAAGGACCAGGUCUUGUGUGUGGCACGCGUAGACGGACUGUUUAACUCUGCCAGCCACUGCACCCAAACCCACCUCUGGUUGUAUUGACGUUGUCUUGCUGCCGGUGGGAGAUCAGCGAGCGCGGUGGAUGCUGCGCAAGUCUGCUAUAACUACAAACUAAUUCACGGGUGCUGGGCCCACUGCACCAUGGGGCACACGGCAGAAAUCGUUGGCCAUGGUCGAGCUCUCAUAAUCCUCAAGGCCGCAGGCUUCAGCAGAUACCCAACUAAGUUCUCAUUCUCCGAUAACCUCCUUUUGGUGCCAUUCUGCUUAGCCAGGCGGAUUGAUAUGCUGCUGCCUGCUCUCACGUAAUUGGGACUCUAACUUUUUUUGCAUCUACCUGUUUUCAGGAUGGAAAGCUCUCUGAGGAGGAGGUGGUCAGUCACCAGUCCCUCUUUGUUGGCAGCCAAGCCCUCAACUACGGUCGUCCGCUGGGACAUGAGGAGCUGUGA